CCGCCGCCUGGAGUGGACAAACUCAAUGCAGUCGUCUGUAACUCUCGUUGCUGUAGAGGGAGCCGUCGCCGCCGCACAGCAGGAGGAAAGAGCAUACCUGGAGAACUCGCCAACCUCGGCCAUGGCACCCGAGCGGCGGCCACACUCAACGCAGACUCCCAACAGCCUGUCGCACACAACCGGGUCUUCUGCUAGAGCACGUCGGCAGAGCGCGCCGGGCUAUGUUGCUAGCACAGCGCGGGUCGCCCGGUCGAACUCUGAGCAGACCUACUCCACCAAAACCGCACAUGGGCUUGCAAGCCGGCUCAAGCGCAAGCUCAAGGGCGUGAACUCGUACUACUCGGUCUCUACCCACUAACCUAAUGUCAAUGGGGUGCUGGUCACGA